UCAUCGGAGCAAGCCGUGCACCCUCUGUCGCACCAACCUGGACGGAGCCAGACGACACAUGCGACCGUUUCUAUCUACGUGCCUGCUGGCGGCUGACCACUCGUGGCGGCAGCCCCCGCGUUGUCUGUCUGUCGUGUCUGAAGACGCUGUGGACCCACGAGUAGGCGUUGCUGCCGAAGAUGGGGCAGUCAUCACUGAUGGGCUCACCGGGGAAACUCAACUCAUGCAGCGACCGGGCUGUCUCGACGGCCUGUGAAACAACCCACACACGGCGGCAGCUUAGAAGGGCGUUCCGGAUGGCCCGCCCCUGCACCCUCACCGUGUCUAGUUUGUAGAGUUGCGCGACUUGGUUGUUGCCGCAGCUGUGCAAGUAGCCCAGAUACUGCAAUGAGCAGUUGUGGCCCGUCUGUGCUGCCUGGGGGAUGAAGCCCGACCAGACGCCGUCCGCACCACGCCGGACACACUCCAAUGCCGCCGCCUGUGAGCUGUCGCCGUGCGGCCCAGCGUGUGAGUGCACCAGCAACUUGAAGCGAUUCCCAGGAAACAAGGCCCUGAAUACAGCAUGACAAGCACAAUUGGAGAUUCUGCUCAUUGCUCUGUCAUGGGACUCACCUAAGGCGCUGAGUCACUUCGCCGUACUCAUCAGCAAACGCAAUGCCUUUCGCGCCCUCAAAGCAGACGCCUUUCAGAAUCGGUAUCCUCUCAGACGACAGGUAAUCGAUCACUUCCUGCACUCGUAAACACAAUGAGGGCAAGACGUGCGUUAUCCUCGACCAAUGACACUCACGAGUGUCAUCUCACCUUCACUUGUGGCGAGUCCAUGGUGACGUCGAAGUCGAGCAGAUCCACGAAGUUGAUGUACAGGUGAUUGCGCUUCAGCCACCUGUACCCCGACGCGCUGGGCUGAGAGUCUUCGUGAGGCAUGCCAUCAUUGUCGGCGGCCAU